AUGAAGCCGCCCAUGGUGGGCCGCUGGUCCCUGGGGGCGCCUCUGUCGGCGGGGACGAGCUCCCGCCAGAGGUGUGCGAGCUGCUGUUCACCGAGCGAUGCCCUGGAGCUGGACGCCGGCGACGGCAUGAACUGUGCCCACCUUGCCGCGCGCCGGGGAGACGCAGCGAUGCUCGCCGUGCUACGGCCCCACCUGGAGCUCCACGGCGCCGUCGACGCGCGCACAGGCGGCGACCAGCCCAGCACCGCCCUGUACCUGGCCUGGCGGCGCGCACGCGCCAGCGGCGGUGCGGGUGCUGGUGGCGAGCGGGGCCUCGGGCAGGCUGGGGCGGGCGUUGGGCGACGGGGAGGAGGAGAGCGCGGAGGAGCGCGCCAGGCGUACGGGGCACUGCAGGGCUGGGCGCCGAGCGAGGCCGAGCUCCGCCAGAUCUGCGAGCGGGUGCUGCGCGGCGCUGGCGCCGCCGGCUCGACCGAGGAGGCCUGCGCCGCCUUCGGCGCCCGGGUCGCCCGCGUGCCCCGCGAGGGCGGGCGGGCUCCGCCGCUGCCCGAUCUGACGGCGGUCCAGUGCGGCGCCGCGGCUGGUGCGGAGCCCGCGCGGGGGCGAAGGCCCGGGCAGCGGCCCUUCGGCGGGCACAGGAAGGAGUGGGAAGAUCAAGGCAUGACCAUUUUGGUGAGCAUGGGCUCAGCAGUCCUGGACCUGUUCGCGAAGUUCGUGAGCCAGCUUGAGGAGUGA